UCUAAGAUUUGGCAAGAUGCUUCGCAAUGGCAUUAUCCACAUCGAGAGGACGCAGACACUAAACCGGGCGCUCACAAAAGCCCCGCGUGCUGUGAGACGUGUAGGACAACGAGGUUAUGCCUCUGAAGACGAAGGCAAGUCCUUCAAGGGCCAAUUGUAUGACAGUACAGCCCAGAGAUUACAAAGGGAGCGAGCAGAUCAGCUUCGCUUUGCUGAGAUCCGGGCUGCUCAGANNAAAAGCUCUGGAGGUUCGCCUNUAUUGCUGACCGGUGCUCUCGGUGGCUAUAUCGCUGGUCAACAAGCUCCAGCCGACCCUGCCCCAUCUUCGACGCUGCCACUUGCAGCCGCCCAUCCUCCCAAACACAACAUUGCUCCAACCAACCUCGAAGCAGCAUGGACCGAUUUCCGCGACAUUGUUGGCCAGGACAACAUCUCGACAGAGGCCUCAGAACUCAGCUCACAUUCAGGCUCCGAGUGGAGUUCCUAUCCCGCUCACCCUGGUGACCAGCCCUUCUGCAUUAUCCGACCUGCCUCGACCGAACAAGUCAGUGAGAUCAUGAAGAUCUGCCACCGUCGCCGUAUCCCAGUCACUCCCUACUCUGGCGGAACCAGUCUGGAAGGCCACUUUGCUUCUACAAGAGGUGGUGUAUGUAUCGACUUUAGUCGCAUGGACAAGAUUUUGAAGCUGAACAAGGAUGAUUUGGAUAUUGUCGUACAACCUGCUGUCGGUUGGGAGAGCCUUAACGAGGAACUGGCCGAUCACAACCUCUUCUUCCCGCCGGAUCCGGGUCCGGGAGCCAUGAUUGGUGGCAUGGUGGGCACUGGUUGCAGUGGCACGAAUGCUUAUCGUUAUGGUACCAUGAAGGACUGGGUUCUGAGUCUUACCGUCGUCCUCGCAGAUGGAACCAUUGUCAAGACAAAGCAACGUCCUAGGAAAUCUUCUGCUGGCUACGACCUCACUCGCAUUUUCAUUGGAAGCGAAGGCACCCUCGGGCUGGUCACCGAGGCGACAUUGAAGGUCACUGUCAAGCCGCAAAACACUAGUGUUGCCGUUUGCUCAUUUGCCUCGGUCAGGGAGGCAGCCAAUGCUGUGUUCAAGGUCGUAGGCGAGGGUGUGCCAAUUGCGGCAAUUGAACUGCUGGAUGACGUUCAAAUGCGAUGCAUAAACGACGCUGGGCAAACCUCACGAACGUGGAAGGAAGCUCCUACUCUAUUUUUCAAAUUUAGUGGAACCGCCACCAGUGUCAAGGAGCACAUUGCAAUCGUUCAGAAGAUUGCCAAGUCUUCAGGCAGCAAGACUUUUGAAUUUGCAAAGAACCAGGACGAAGCACUCGAGCUGUGGAGUGCCAGAAAGGAAGCCCUCUGGAGCGUCAUGGCCAAAAAGCAAAACGAUGGUGACCAUGUCUGGACUACAGACGUGGCAGUGCCCAUCUCCCGCUUGCCUGAUAUUGUCGAAGAGACCAAGGACGCCAUCUCCAAGAGCGGCCUGACAGGAGCCAUCGUUGGUCACGUUGGUGACGGCAACUUUCAUUCCAUAAUUCUCUACAAUGAUAAGGAACAUAGUCUUGCAGAGGACCUUGUCCAUCGCAUGGUCAAACGCGCCAUCGAGAUGGAGGGUACAGCCACCGGCGAGCACGGCGUUGGCAUGGUCAAGCGCGAUUAUCUCGAGCAUGAAGUUGGCCGCAGCACUAUGAAGCUUGCCCUUGACCCUCUGUGUCUACUCAACUGUGACAAGGUCGUUCGCGUACAGCAGCCCAAGCCUGGUGAGGUGCAAGAGUGG